UAGUGUAUUUUGAGUGCCAACGCAUGUCUUGGUACGAAAUAGCUGUAACGUGUCCAACACUAGGCCCUUUCGCAGAAAAGAAAAAGAACAAAGAUAUUGGACGAGCGAUGGCAAUUAUAUCCGAAAAAUAGAGAAAAGAAAUGCAGGGCGGAGAUUGGUUGUCUUCAAAAUAGGUGGGUGAAGCAAGAAUGGUGAGAAUCCGGUGCAUGCAAAACAGUGGAAUUUCCCCAUGUCUCUGCAAAUGUUCCACAGCACUACUCCUCUGCCUUUGCCGUCAUGUCAAUUGCUUUCUCGAUUCGUAACAGCAGCUAGUCACGUCACUAACUGCUCUACAAGAUCACCUCUUGGCUCGUCCGAAUUACAGUCUCAAUCCAAACCACCGACCGUCGAUUUCCGUCCUAUUGAAACAAAACCUAGCAGUAACACUUCAGAUGAUACCCCUGAGAAUGAUGGAAUAUCUGGAAUUCAAGUCCCCAGGCAAAGAUAUAUUGCCGCUUCUAAAUCACAGCUGCUGGAUGCCAUCACUACAACUAUGUUUAACUCACGCGAUGAAGCCCAUCAGUUUCGUCAUCUAUCAUUAUGCCUGGACCUGAUUCUGCAUGCUGAACACAAAGUUAUCUUAGAGGAAAUGCGAGUUGAUUAUGAUCGCUCUCAUACCAAUGGUAGUAGUAAUAGUACUGCGAUUUCAUCUGGCCAAGAAAGAGAUUUCAUGCCAAGGGGUUCUGACAUUAUCACGAGUGAUGCGGAGAAGGUUGAAAACAUGGAUAAAUAUGACAGAGACACGGAACUGAAGAAUCUAUGGCCUUCAGGUUCUAAUCAAUUCUCAGGAUCUCCAUCUCCCUAUGUUUCUUUUCUCAAAUUUGUCAACAACGAAUCUCUUGAGGAGUCUAGAACUGCUGUCUCCAGUCGUUUUCAACAUGCUUUCCUUCAGCUGCUUUCCAAUGCGGGCUUUGAAGAAUUGUCUGCUAGAGAUCUGAGGCUGACAUCUGCUCUAAAUACUGAUUAUCUUCUUACUUUGCCUAUAUCUGUUGACUGGAAGAGUGCAUCUCAGUCCAGGGCCAUAUUAUUCAGGCGUGGUUAUGCAACUGAGAGGCAGAAGGGGUUGCUAAUUGUUGAAAAACUAGAUUACUUGCAGUCAAAGUUUUUACAAAGAGUUUUCUUUCUGAUAGUCAAACCUCUGAAGAAAGUUAGUAUUUGGUUGACUGAGGUGGUCAGGGAGACAGACUUGAUCCAUAGCUUUAUUACCCAGGGACUACAUAGCGGAGCUCCAUUUCAUUCGGAGCUACAGCUUUUGGUUUUGGAAAGAUCUAUCACAAAAGACAAUGUUCAAAUUUGGGCCAAAAAGAUCAAGCUUUGGUCGAAAAGUUUUCCCAUAUUCCAGCAAACAUCUAGUGACAACCAGCACAUAUCAAAUAAGCCAUUUGAAGUUGACACAUUAUCAGAAAAUGACCUUCCCCUUCUGAAAGCUGCACUGAAUGCAGUAACUCGUUAUGAAGAAAAUCUUUCAGCAGCUGGGCCUCGUGGCAGGCUUCUAAAAAAGCUGCUGGUGUUGAUUGGAGUUCUACCUUCAACACAUAAACUGCAAGUUGAGCUUGAAAUAGAUGAUACUGAAACUGAAUCUCAUUUAAGGCCAAUCUUUUUGUCGAGGAUAUCACUUAGCGAUAUAUGGGAACCCGCAUCACGCAAACUAUGUGGAAAUGAUUUUUGGAGAAUAUUGAAAACUUCUAUUUCCAUUCUUCUCUCAAAAUCAACUCUCCAGGAGCCGGCUUACCAAGAGUUGAUUUUGCUAUACUUCAAGGAAACUUGUGAAGGAGGUGAUCCGGAUAAAGCCGAGUUUCCCUCUUUACAGCUGAAGAUCUACGAGAAAAUCCCCAUUCCAGAUCUACCAGUUGUUUUUCCACACAAAAAGUUGUCUUUCCGCAUACUAGACUCGGUACGCCUGGACAUUGCCUCGGUUUUUGGACUUCUGGCAUACUUCAUAAACUACAAGUUUGAAAACAUAUUUUCACCAUCGGCAAUACUUUUAGAUGUAAUUGCAGUCAGUGCUCUUGUGAUAUAUGUGAGCCGUGUGGUCUUGGGUUACAAGCAAACAUGGGAUAGAUAUCAACUUCUGGUCAACAGGACACUUAAUGAGAAAACAAUAGCAAGUGGCUUUGGUUCUGUUUACUUUCUCCUGGAUGCUUCUGAACAACAGCAGUACAAAGAAGCCAUUUUGGCAUAUGCAGUCCUGCUGAAAGAAAACAGCCAGGAAAAUUGUGCUAAAAAUGUCGGAGCUAGAUGUGAGAAGUUUAUUUAUGAUCUAUUGGACGAAAAGGUUGAAAUGCCUGUAGACAAAGCCAUAAAUACAUUGGUGAGGCUGGGUAUUGUAACGGAGGAUCCUUUAAAUGGGACCACUAUGCUGCAGGCAGUCCCUUGCUGUAAGGCAUAUGAGAUUCUUAAACAACACUGGAAUAGCUUGCUCGGCUAAGUUUUGCUGUAUACAAAGUUAUAUUAGCUGUGUUAUUUUAGCUUUUAAUUCUCAAAGAGUUCAACGAAAGUAGGCUAUGGCGAUUUCCACAGGAAGUUGCUAUUGUCUAAAAUGAAGUAUAUAUUUGAUAGUUUGAAUGUAAUAAAGGAUGGUGUACCUGUACUACAGUUUAGGAAGAAUGAAUUGGACGAAUACAUCAAAAAGCCAAAGAGGCUGACUUUAUAAGAGUUGACUUUGUCUUGAUAAUUA